AUGAUGAAAUAUCGUCAGGCUGCCGACUUUUCGUCUCAAACCAUCGUGCUCAGGACUGCUCGAUCGCGAGAUGAUCUUGGUUCCGGCACUUCAAGUGAUUUCACACGUCACCUUUCACCAUGGGUCGCACAUACACCGGCUUAUUGGCAGCGACGACCACGCAUCAAUAAGAAAAAUGAUCAUGACGACGGAUAUCUGUGGCAAAGGGCAUCAACAAGCCUUCGACUUUCUUCACCGAGGCCGGGCGCAAGUCUGUCGCUCGCGCUUUCCGUCGCGCAGGCUCAAGCCGUCCGAAGUUCGUCAAAUGUCGCCGCCGCCAUCGACUUCUUGGACAAUCAGCCUCCGCAACAGAGGCUGUCUUUUCCCAUCACUGGGUUCGGGCAGGUCGUCAACACGUAUGCCUACGUUUCCUCCUAG